AUGAAGCAGCUUUUCUUAAUAAUCGGUUUCCUUGGAUACCAAAGCUACACUCAUAGCGCUAUCAACUGCAAAAACCAAUAUGGGAGAGCUGUUGACUGGUUUAUACUUUACAAACUGCCAAUGUUAAGCAGUGACGAAUUGAAAACAGAUGGAACAGAAUUUUUCUACAUGGAUGAGGAUAAUCAAAAUUUUCAGAAAACAAAUGCGCAUAAUAUUACCAAAACGAACGUUAAUCCUUUGUUCGAAACUCUGAAACCAAUUUACGCCAAAUCCCCACUUCUUCAAUCAUAUGCAAUGUAUAACGAUCAACCACCAUCUGGCCAAAAUGCAGCGCAAGCAAAAGCACAUUCAAAAGGUGCAUUAGCUUUUGACAAAAAGACUGGAUUUUGGAUGAUAUCGAGUAUACCUCGUUUUCCGGCUGAAGCAAGUAAAGGAUAUAUUUUCUCAGACGAACAAAAACCAUUUGGACAGAUAGUAUUAUGUGUUACAGUUGACCAGAAACAUAAAAAAGAAAUAGACAUAUAUACUCAACUGAUAAGUCCAGGGCUAACCAGCGAAAUCGACGUUCAAACAUGGAGACCAGACCUUAAAAACACGAAAAAGGUAUGGAAUGUUGUUUAUAUUGACUUUGGAAAGGGAAUAUCAUACAAAGCGUCGUUAGAUCACUCCAAAUGGGCGGUAGCCAAACAUCAACCGUUUACUUGCAUAGGGGACUUAAACAGGCAGAGAACACAGUUUAAACGAGGGGGUCUUUCCCUUUGCUUGAAGAAUAGAAAUGUUACAGAAUCAUUUCGAAAUCUUUAUUCCGAUAUCAAAAAAAAAGAGAUGAAGAUCAAAUGA